AUGCUUGAGUUCGUGAUGGACAAGGCAGCCGCUACUCACAUGUUCGAUCGCGUGCAGCACCCGGCGUUCCAGCGCGUGCAGCAUCCGGCCACCGACGCCGACGCCGCCGUGCCGCCCCGCUCAUCGCGUUCACAGGACAGCAUGGCCAGCCGGGCGCUCAUAGCCAGCGAGAGCGGAGUGACGUUCGGGGGCAGUGACGGCGCCCGGGCGGCUGUGCGCAUGCCGCGCACGGUCGGCGCCGCCUCCGGCACGGCCAUCAUCGUCGGCACCAUGAUCGGCUCCGGCAUCUUCGUGUCGCCGCAGGGAGUGCUGGAGCGGACCGGCUCGGUGGCGCUCUCGCUGCUGGUGUGGAUGUCCUGCGGCGUACUCUCCGCGCUCGGCGCGCUCUGCUACAUCGAGCUGGGCCUGCUGAUCCCGGAGUCGGGCGGCGAGUUCGCCUACCUGUUCCACGGGCUCGGCCCACUGCACCGCUUUUUCGGCCCGCUCCCCGCCUUCUUACAGACGUGGACGACCAACUUCAUCACUAUGCCGGCGUCCACGGCCGUUCUCAGCCUGGCGUUCGCAGAGUACUGCGUCCAGCCGUUCUACGCCAGACCGUGCGCGCCGCCGCCGAUGGCGGUCCCGCUGCUGGCCGUGAUCACAUGCUGCCUGUUGACGUUCAUCAACUGCUACAGCGUCACUUGGGCCACACGGGCGCAGAAAAUUUUUACAGUGUCGAAGCUCGCUACCAUCGGUCUCAUUGUGGCAGCCGGCACGUAUUCUCUGGUUCAAGGCAACAGCCAGUAUCUGGCCACCGGCUUCCAGGGCAGCACAUCUUCUGUGGGCGACGUCGCCACGGCGUUCUACAGUGGGCUUUUUGCGUAUGACGGCUGGAAUAAUCUCAACUGCCUCACCGAGGAGAUCGUGAAGCCGGCUCGAAACCUGCCGCUGGCCAUCCUCAUCGCAGUGCCGCUCGUCACCGUCUGCUACAUCCUGACGAACGUGGCCUACCUGACAGUGCUGUCGCCGCAGCAGUUGCUGGACUCGUCGGCCGUGGCUGUCUCCUUCGCCGAGCGUGUGCUGGGUCCAGCCGCCUUCCUGAUUCCAGUGGGCGUGGCGCUGUCUGUGUGCGGCGCCCUCAAUGGCACCAUCCUCAGCACGGCCCGCCGCUGCUUCGCCUCCGCUCGCCAGGGCCACUUGGUCGAUGUGUUGAGCUUCAUCCACGUGCGUCGGCUGACACCGACCCCGGCGGCCAUGUUCAACUGUGGCAUCGCCGUCAUUAUGAUCACCGUCGGCAACAUCGGUAGUCUCAUCGACCUCUUCAGCUUCUGCGCCUGGAUCUUCUACGGUCUGGUGGUGCUGACGCUGAUCAUCCUGAGAAAGACCCGUCCGGCCGCAGAGCGGGCGUUCCGCGUGCCCAUCUGGAUCCCAUGGCUGGUGCUGCUCAUGUCCUGCUACCUGGUGGUGGGACCGAUGGUGGACAAGCCGCAGUUCGGGUACUUCUACGUCAUAGUCUUCCUGCUUUUCGCCGCGCCCGAGACCAUCCGCAGCAUGGCCGGCUUCUGCUGGGAGCCGGACAGCCGCGCCCGAGACCAUCUGCAGCAUGGCCGGCUUCUGCUGGGAGCCGGACAGCCGCGCCCGAGACCAUCCGCAGCAUGGCCGGCUUCGGCUGGGAGCCGGACAGCCGCGCCCGAGACCAUCCACAGCACGGCCGCCUUGUGCUGGGAGCCAUCUCGUACAGUGGAUUGA